AUGAUUUAAACUUUAAUUUUUAAAAGAGUAACGUAAAAUUCUUAAAUUAUAGAUUAACAACAUUUUACGAUUGACCAAAAUUAAGAAAAAUCAAUUCAUAAAAUAUUCUAUUCAAGAAUUAAAAACCCACUUUUGAGAGGAUUUUAAGAUGGACGUGUUGAAUCGAUUGAAAACAGUCGUCACUAACGUUCUGCCAGUCGGAAAUCCCAUCACGAUUGAGUUAGAGAUUCACGGACACCGAGCUAGUGGGGGUCCAGGGAUGAUGUGGAAGAUUUACGAUGCUGUAUUCAAGUCUUCUAAACAAGAGGCCUCAGUUUUCAUAUUUGAGAAAAAACAACUGGAUAGGUUCUCCAAACGAGAACGAGAUCACUUCAUUGACAUCCUAAAGAGAGGGGUCCAGCAACUCACAAAACUACGACAUCCUAAAAUAUUGUCUAUCGUCCAUCCAUUAGAAGAUUCUAGGGAAAGCCUAGCCUUCGCAACAGAGCCAAUUUUCAGUUCUUUGGCUAACGUCCUUGGUAGCCACGACAACUUACCGAAUCCGCCACCGGCUUAUUUGAAAGAUUUUACAUUAUUCGAUGUUGAGAUCAGAUAUGGGUUGUUGCAGAUUGUUGAGGGUUUAUCAUUUCUGCAUAGUGGAGCCCAUAUAAUUCAUGGAAACUGUUGUCCGGAAUCCGUCUACAUAAACAAAUUAGGCUGCUGGAAGUUAGCCGGAUUUGAACAUGCAAUCCUAAAUGCAAACGCCCAAGGAGAGUUCGACAAAAAUCAAGGAUUAAACUAG